AUGACGCAGCAGGCUGCACCACCACCCGGACACCAGGCUGAUGCAGCUGAAGACAACACUUCUAGCCGUUCUGUUUGUCUUGGACUUUCUGAUUGCUUUUCGUUUAUUUUUGCUUUGAUAUCACACAGGAAAGAGAUUCAGGAGGUGAACUGGCAGCGGAAGACAACUCAAACAGAGGCUGGUGAGAAGCUGAAGCACCUGGAAGCAAGCUGGGUCAGCCUGGUGAGUAAAAACUUCGAAAUUGAAAGAGCUUGCGUGGAGCUGGAGAAAGAGAUAGCCGGCCUGGAAUCCGAUUAUGACCUGAAGAAGAAAGCACUUCAGAACCAGCAAGCGGUGGAACGGAGCAAGCCUGCAAACACAAGCGAUGACCAGAACAAAGAGCAGCCAAAGGAGGAGGAGGAGGAGGAGAAGAUGGACACAGCUGGACAACCUGAGUCCAGUGAAAAGGCCCCAUCUGAUGUAACGGUGGCCGACUGAUUCUAUUUAUUGACUACAUGUGAUGAUCUCUGUAAUAAACAACACCAUCGUGCACUUCUG